CUCAUCUUUGAAUUUCUUCAAAUCUUGCCAUGUCGCGCUCGGCUCCCACUCCCCCCGAUUCCAGCGAGAUGCGAGGAGAGACGUUCUCCUUCGGUAGCUACUCCCUCGGGGGCUCUUCUGCCAUCCUGACCAAGUCGGGGCCGAGCUCGACCCUGCCUUCUUCACCGCGGGACUCUUGGGACUCGAACUCUAAGUCCGAGUCGGUGCACCCCGAUCCUUCUGCCAAGAUCCCGGGGUUCAUCUACUAUUCGUCGAAGGAGGAUGAGAAGACCAAAUCUCCACAAGCUCCGCGUGCCCCGCCGGCCCGUCGUGAGGUCGUCGCUCCCUUGGUUCCUGCCAGCCGCGGGGGCCGAGGUCACUGUCCUCCAGCUCCUCCCACAGCGGUUCCGAGCGAGAGCUCCGUGGCAUCCCACCAUCCGAGCCGGUGCUCCCUUGAAGACCCAGGCUCGCCUAGCUAUGACGAGUCUACCGGGCACUCCGUCGUCAGACUGCCGAGAACGAAGGUUAGAUCUUUAUCCGGGCUGAGCAUCCGGACAUGGUCUGCGCUCGGCUCUUCCCCUGAGGGGAAGUGCCGAGCACAAAUGUUCGACCUCCAUCCAGGAAAGAACGUCCGGGUAUGGUCUGUGCUUGGCUCUUCCCCUGAGGAGGAGUGCCGAGCACGAAGGUUAGACCUUUAUCCGGGAAGAACAUCCGGACAUGGUCUAUACUCGGCUCUUCCCCUGAGGGGAAGUGCCGAGCACAAAUGUUCGACCUCCAUCCAGGAAAGAACGUCCGGGUAUGGUCUGCGCUCGGCUCUUCCCCUGAGGGGAAGUGCCGAGCACGAAGGUUGGACCUUUAUCCAGGAAGAACAUCCGGACGUGGUCCGCGCUCGGAUCUUCCCCUAAGGGGAAGCGCCGAGCAGGCUGUUGGACCUUGUUUGCAAAAAAUUCAUUUCAUUCAAUUCAAUCACGAAGUGUUGCGGGUUCCCUUUCUGGGACCCGUGUACAUCGGUAAUCUACUGAUAAAAUUUGACUAAGUUC